UCUCUAGCGAAUUUCGACAUGAAAAUAAUUCCAAUUGCAGGUACUCUUUUAAUUUAUAACUUGAAAAUAACUGCAUGGUUCCAAAGGGCAGUUGCAAGCGUUCUCAAAAUUGAAUUGAUAUUAAUUAAUUUAUUACACAUGCGAAAAGUUCUCGAAGAUAAUUAUUCGUAUUUGGUUGUGGACGACGCAACAAAAGAAGAACCAACCAAAGUACUUGAGAUAUCAAACGCGGAAGGUGUGACCAUUAAACACUUGCUUACCACGCAUCACCAUCCGGAUCAUUCAGGAGGCAAUACAGAAUUUGUAAAGCAAAAGCCAGGCAUAAAAGUUUAUGGAGGUGAUGAUCGAAUCCCUGAAAUUACCGAAAAACUAACACACGAACAAGAAUUCAAGAUUGGAAAUAAUAUAAACGUCAGAACGUUGCAUACUCCAUGUCACACUACUGGAAGUAUUAGUUAUUACUUGACGGAUAUUAGCGAUGAUAAUCAAAAAGCUGUUUUCACCGGUGACACCCUUUUCAUCGGAGGCUGCGGAAGGUUCUUUGAAGGAACAGGACAAGAUAUGCACACCUCACUCAACCAAAUUCUGGGCUCUCUACCACCUGAAACAAAAGUAUACUGUGGGCACGAAUACACGGAAUCCAAUCUACAAUUUGCCCUUUCUGUGGAUCCCAAUAAUCAAGCGUUAAAAAAUAAAAUCUCUUGGGUGGAAAGUGGUGGCUUUGGUAGUAUUAAGGAUAGACCGGUUGUUACGGUGCCUAGCACUAUUGGGGGUGAAAAGGAUUUUAAUCCAUUUAUGCGUGUUGAUAGUGAUGCGAUAAAAAAGGCCGUUCAGGAGGAAGAUCCGGUGGAGACUAUUUCAAAGCUGAGAGAACUAAAGAAUAACUUUUAG